AACCAUUUGUUUUUUAUUUAAUCGUUCGUUUUGACAAAUUCUCGGUUAUUAUAUGGGCUUUAUUUGUCUACUUUCUCAAAAGAGUAUCAAGUCAGAAAAUUUUCUGUCGAGAAAUGUUUUUUACUCAAAGUGUUCUGUAAAAGUCUCACGGUUUUUCUUGUUAAGACCAGCUUUUCUUCAUAGAAGAACUUGGCGCUUUCUCGAGAAUUUAGUUGGUCGAUCCUUUGGAGCUAAUCGUGUUCCACAGUGGGAACAUUUCGACAAGUUGUAUCUUCUUCGUCCCUCCACAGUUUUCAGUCGAACCCCGCUUGGUGUUAUUCAUUUUGUUGGUGGAGCUUUUGUAGGUUCUAGUUCUCAACUAGCAUAUCGUUCGCUCCUUGAGGGCCUUGUCCAGCUUGGCUAUUUAGUAAUUGUGACUCCUUAUGACACAAGUUUUGACCAUUUAGUUGCUGCGGAGUCAGUGAAUAGUUCAUUUGUAAGAGUAAUGCGACAGUUACAGGAAGAGUAUGGAAUCGCGUUGCCUGUGGUUGGUCUAUCUCAUAGUCUGGGUUGCAUUAUUCAGAUUCUUUCCAGUUGCUUGUUCCCUCACGUAGACGUUAAUACGAAGGGACAUAUUUUUAUGGCAUACAACAACAAGCCGUUGAAGAAAGCGGUUCCUUUAUAUAAAGAGCUUCUUAUUCCAUCCAUUCAGAUGUUUUCCAGCUGGUCCAUACCCAAGGAGGAAAUGAAUAGUACUUGGAAAAGAAUAUCUUCACUUUUUGAAGGUUUCAUUGUAUCGACUGGUGAUUCUAUCAUGGAAAAUAUAGAUUCCAAAACUUUGAAAGAACAGGUUUAUUUCAACUGGCAACAGAUCCAAAGAGCUUGGAAGCAGUUGGAUCCAUUGCUAGAGCAAAUACAGAGUGGACGGGACGAGUUUCAUCCUUCACCUUCUGAUAUAGAGAAUAUCAUCAUUCAAAAGUAUUCCCAUUCCAGUAUCAUUAUUCGCUGUGAAGAUGACUUGAUAGAUGAAUCAUUGCAACUUUAUAGAUUAUUAAGAGGACGUGACUUAUAUAUCAAAUUGAGAAGUGUUCCUGGGACGCACCUAACACCCUUGGAACAGAACACUCAGGUUGUCGAUAACUUUCUAAGGACCCAUUUUCAAAUUUCGAGCUCUUUUUCCCAAAUGAGCAACUUGUAUCGUUUGAUAGAGGUGAUUGGUGACUCUCUAGCAGAAAUUAUUUUCAAACAAGCUUCAACUAGAAUAAUAUAGAUAACCACAAUGGGUGCGUGAUAGAUACAGUGGCACAUCUAGCAAUGUCUAUUUUGAGAUGAUUCACAAUCCAAAUACGGUUGUGAUUUGGUAUUCUUUUUAUUAGUAACCAUAUCAUAUUUUACAUUCUACUUGUAUAUAG